AUGUCUUCUGACUUCGAGACCUACGAGCAGGAUUUUGGGACACUCACGGCAGAUCUAACAAACAAGAUUGGAAGAAUUCCUAAGCUAAGUGGAGAGGAGAAGACGCAGCUGGUUCUAAAUGUCGACAAACAGCUUGAAGAAGUCAGAGAGUUGCUGGAGCAGAUGGACUUGGAGGUGCGCGAGAUCCCCAUCCAGAGCAGAGCCAUGUACAACAGCAGACUGAAGAGCUACAAACAGGAGGUGGAAAAACUGGAAAAAGACUUUAAAAGGUCACGUAUCGCCUAUAGUGACGAAGUGCGCAACGAGCUCCUGGGGGAUGACGCUGGAUCCUCAGAGCAUCAGAGAGCGCAUCUGUUGGACAACACAGAAAGGCUGGAAAGGUCAUCGCGGAGACUCGAGGCCGGCUACCAGAUAGCGGUGGAAACGGAACAAGUGGGUCAGGAGAUUCUGUCCAACCUGCACAGCGACCGUGAGAAGAUCCAGAGAUCCAGAGAACGGCUGAGAGAAACGGAUGCCAACCUGGGCAAGAGCUCUCGUAUCCUGACUGGCAUGCUGAGAAGGAUCAUCCAGAACCGAGUCUUGGUCUUCAUCCUGGGAGCCAUCAUCGUCCUCAUCAUCAUCUUGGCUAUAUAUUUCAACCUCGUCCUCCCUCCUCCUGCCACCUUUCCUCCCUCUCCCCCCCUCUCCCCUCCUCCCCCCUCAGCCUGUCAGAUGCGCGGAGCGGUGGAAGGCAGCGUGGCGGCGGCUUCCUAUUUGAAGUUGUAA